AUGCUAAAACGAUUAGGAUUUUUAUGCAUGAAAAUGCAUUCCAAUUUGGAAUGUUCAUUACAACCAUCAAUUUCGUUGUUGCAAAUUUCUCAAAGGUAUCGUGGAACGUUGUAUCCUGGUACCAAUAUUUCGGUUGAAGAAGCUUGGAAACGACGAAUACAACUUCGACAACCAAAACUACAAUGUGAUGAAGAGGUACAACCAAAAUUGUAUUAUGCACCUGAGUGGGAUUUGGAGAAAAGACAUGAUGGUGAAGAAGGUGAAGCACAUCCUAUGAUUGGUCAAGAUGUAAUGACCCCUGAAAAAUGGAACUACUAUAAUAAAGUUGUUUGGCCACCAAAUUAUGUUAGUCCUGAAACCGGUUUGCCACUUCUGCGGCAAGUUUACUACUGUCGUGAAUCAGUUCAUUGUAGUCCCAAAAGAAUGUUUAUGGCUUGUCAUUUAGUUUGGCGUUUGAAUGUUGAUGAAGCAUUGGAGCAGUUAAAAUUACAGCGUAAAAAGGCAUGCAUGAUUUUAAGGCAAGUUCUUACUGAAGCAAAAAAGAAGGCAUCGGAAGAAUUUCACGUUGAAUUUCCAUCAGAUAUGCAUGUUGCGGAAGCAUUCCCAGUUCAAUGUCAAAUUGUCAAAGGUUAUAGACGCCAUGCACGUGAACGUAUCACUGUCACGAGAUAUCGAUAUAUCAAUAUUUUCGUAAGACUCGAGGAAGGUGAUGGACCACCAAUGACAAAGAGAUGGGAGCCGAAGAACGGUUGGGAUAAAAUGAAGGAUUAUUAUAAAUAUUUGAGAGGACGCUGCAUAGAAUAUAGCAUUUAA